AUGGCGGCCGGUGUGGCAGCGUGGCUGCCCUUUGCGAGGGCAGCGGCCAUUGGGUGGAUGCCGGUGGCCUCGGGGCCCAUGCCAGCUCCCCCGAGGCAGGAGAGGAAAAGGACUCAGGAUGCUCUAAUUGUGCUGAAUGUGAGUGGCACCCGUUUCCAAACAUGGCAGGACACCCUGGAACGGUAUCCAGACACACUGCUGGGCAGUUCUGAGAGAGACUUUUUCUACCAUCCAGAGACUCAACAAUAUUUUUUUGACCGUGAUCCUGACAUCUUCCGCCAUAUCCUGAAUUUCUACCGUACGGGGAAGCUCCACUAUCCCCGCCAUGAAUGCAUCUCUGCCUAUGAUGAAGAACUGGCCUUCUUUGGCCUCAUCCCAGAGAUUAUUGGUGACUGCUGUUAUGAGGAGUACAAGGAUCGCAGGCGUGAGAACGCAGAGCGCCUGCAGGAUGAUGCUGACACAGACAACACGGGAGAGAGUGCCCUGCCCACCAUGACAGCUCGCCAGAGGGUUUGGCGGGCCUUUGAGAACCCCCACACCAGCACCAUGGCUCUGGUGUUCUACUACGUUACGGGGUUCUUCAUUGCCGUCUCAGUCAUCGCCAACGUGGUAGAAACAGUGCCAUGUGGCUCCAGCCCAGGCCACAUUAAAGAACUCCCUUGUGGGGAGCGGUAUGCGGUGGCCUUCUUCUGCUUGGAUACAGCCUGUGUCAUGAUCUUCACCGUUGAGUACUUGCUGCGCCUGGCUGCGGCACCUAGUCGUUACCGCUUCGUGCGCAGUGUCAUGAGCAUCAUCGACGUGGUGGCCAUCCUGCCAUAUUACAUUGGGCUGGUGAUGACAGACAAUGAGGAUGUGAGUGGGGCCUUUGUCACACUCCGAGUCUUUCGAGUCUUCAGGAUCUUUAAGUUUUCCCGCCAUUCUCAAGGCCUGCGCAUCUUGGGGUACACACUGAAGAGCUGUGCCUCAGAAUUGGGCUUCUUGCUCUUUUCACUCACCAUGGCUAUCAUCAUUUUCGCCACCGUGAUGUUCUAUGCAGAGAAGGGGUCUUCGGCCAGUAAGUUCACCAGCAUUCCUGCAGCCUUUUGGUACACCAUCGUCACCAUGACAACACUAGGGUAUGGUGACAUGGUGCCAAAAACCAUAGCAGGGAAGAUAUUCGGUUCCAUCUGCUCACUGAGUGGUGUGUUGGUCAUUGCUCUCCCUGUUCCAGUGAUCGUGUCCAAUUUCAGUCGCAUCUACCACCAAAAUCAACGAGCGGAUAAACGAAGGGCUCAAAAGAAAGCUAGACUGGCCAGGAUUCGAGCAGCCAAGAGCGGGAGUGCAAAUGCUUACAUGCAGAGCAAACGGAAUGGUUUACUCAGCAACCAGCUACAGUCCUCAGAGGAUGAGCAGGCCUUUGUUAGCAAGUCUGGCUCCAGCUUUGAAACCCAGCACCACCACCUACUUCACUGCCUGGAGAAAACCACGAAUCACGAGUUUGUAGAUGAGCAAGUCUUUGAAGAAAGUUGCAUGGAAGUUGCUACUGUGAAUCGUCCUUCAAGUCACAGCCCCUCACUCUCUUCGCAACAAGGAGUCACCAGCACUUGCUGCUCCCGACGACACAAAAAAACUUUCCGCAUCCCAAAUGCCAACGUUUCAGGAAGUCAUCGAGGCAGUGUGCAGGAACUCAGUACCAUUCAGAUCAGAUGUGUGGAGAGAACACCUCUAUCGAAUAGCCGAUCCAGCUUAAAUGCCAAAAUGGAAGAGUGUGUUAAACUAAACUGUGAACAACCUUAUGUGACUACAGCAAUAAUCAGCAUCCCAACACCUCCAGUAACCACACCGGAAGGCGAUGACAGGCCAGAGUCUCCUGAGUACUCGGGAGGAAAUAUUGUCAGAGUGUCAGCUUUGUAA